AUGGCUGAGCCACCGCGGGAUGGCCAUGAGGAGUGGCUGCAGCAGUGGACACGAGCCGGCUCCGUUGCGCCUUUUGCGACGGCACCUUUCGCAACGAACUACUUCGUGCGAGAGGCCCCGGCCCAUAUGCAGUGGCACAACAAGGUGCAAGUGAAGGCGCUGGCACCCAGGGUUUCGGAUUUGGGCUUCGUGGGAAGGUGCGGGCUCUCGAAGGCAAGGCCUUUGUGGCAACGUGUUCAUUCAGACAGCUUAGGGCGCAGAGAAGUUCAGUUUGUACGACGCUGA